AUGACUUCCCUGUGGAACUACUUCUCUCUGCCCACGGCAGUCUUUACCUCACCAGUCGCUGCGAUCCUGAUGCCAGUGACCGCAGGGGCAUUGGUCGGGUAUACGACAACUUCGGUCAGUAACACCCAAUCCAUAUACAAAGCCAUACGCCAACCACCACUUUAUCCACCUGGCUGCGUCUUCGGCCCGGUCUGGACAAUGCUAUACGGCGCCAUGGGCUACGCCAGCUACCGCGCCACGGUCUCCGGGCUCUCAUCCCCUUCGUCCGUUAUUCGCGAACUAGCGCAUACGUCUCAAACACUCUACACCAUCCAACUAGCUGCAAAUCUCAUCUGGAUGCCUCUCUUCUUCGGCAUGCGCAAACCCUUGGCCGCACUUAUGGAUAUCUUGGCCGUUGGGGGCAGUGUAUUGGCGUUGGCGAACAAUUAUCGCAAGAUUGAUAAUGUCUCGUUCUGGUUGUUGGUUCCUUAUUUGGGGUGGUUGGGAUUUGCAACGUAUUUGAAUUUCGGGGCGGGAUAUUUGAAUGGUUGGGAUAUUUCGGAUGAGAAGAUUGGUCGUUCGAAGACAAAGUAA